CACGGCAUCGCUGGCAUCCGGUGGAAGUGUUUGGUCUGUCAGAGCGUCGAUCUCUGCACUCUUUGCUAUAUGAAUGACAAACACGAUGUGAACCAUACGUUCGCUCGCUUUGAAACCUAUACCUCUCCCGGAGUCGAAAUGAGUAAAAGAAACUCAAAAAAUAACGUUAAGAUCCAAUCGCGGGGUAUAUUUGUCGGGACGCGUGUCGUCAGAGGUUAUGACUGGGAUUGGGCUAAUCAGGACGGAGGCGAAGGAAAAGUGGGUAAAGUGAUAGACAUCAGGGGUUGGGAUAACGAGUCGCGAAGAAGUGUGGCGAACGUGAUGUGGGCGUCGGGCUCUACUAAUGUGUACAGAGUUGGCCACAAAGGGAAAGUGGAUCUGAAGUAUGUGGUGGACUCCGCCGGACCUUUCUAUUAUCGAAACCAUUUGCCUGUAUUGGGACAACCAAUCGAAGGCUUCAAUCGUAUAGCGAUCGCCAGUGGACGGCCAGAGAAACGCAACGACCGCUCUGUUCAACGUCGGCGACAAAGUGAUAACCAUUUGCCUGUAUUGGGACAACCAAUCGAAGGCUUCAAUCGUAUAGCGAUCGCCAGGUCUUUGUCAACAGUGGACGGCCAGAGAAACACAACGACCGCUCUGUUCAACGUCGGCGACAAAGUGAAGGUCAUUAUCGAAGACGUGAAUGAACUGAAAUCACUACAAGAAGGACACGGAGGUUGGAAUCAACGAAUGGCCGAAUUCAUAGGUCAAGUCGGAACUGUUCAUAGAGUGACCGACAAGGGAGACAUUCGAGUCCAGUUCGAAGACUGUCACAAUCGGUGGACAUUCAAUCCGAACGCUUUGAAUAAAGUGAUCUCCUAUUCAUACGGAGAUAUCGUUAAGAUUUGUGACGAUAUUAAUAAAGUGAAAGAACUGCAGAAAUGUCACGGAGAGUGGAACGACCACAUGUCCGGUGCGAUCGGCAAAAUGGGCAAAAUUGUGAAGGUUUACGCCGACGAAGACCUCAGAGUCACAGUUGACGGCCAGACCUGGACUUUCAAUCCGCUAUGCGUUUCAUUAAUGCCCGGCUCUGCGACCGAAAUGAACAACACUAUGAUUUCGCACCCGACCCGAGAGGAGUCCAAUUCUCGUUUGGCAGAAUUUGUGACCACAGUAUCAGCUUUGAGUGGUUCGCGACAUUUAGCGAGUGCUAAGUGA